AUGCAUAACUCAUUUAAUACAACACAGUCUGCUUCAUUAGCAAAUUUGGGCAAAUCUUCGUUCAUUAACAGAAACUCUAGAACUGCUCUUGGAAGGAAUAGAAUAAGUGGAACAGUCAAUCAGUCUGCUCAGUCACUCAGUAAUACAACUCUGCCACCGGUGAAUAAAAAUUUGCUUCAGAAUAACAACCAUUACUUUAGUGGAAACCAGUUCUUGAAUAAUCAGACCAACAUGAUGAUAUCCUACAUCAACAAUAAUGAAGCAAUAUCAAAUCUAACACAUGAAACUGCUCCAAACGAGACCAGACAAAGUCCGUUCCAGAAUAAGCUCAUUAAGAAAAACAUUGAAAAGCAAAAGAAACAUAUCUGGUUCGGCAAGAAAUACAAAGGAGGCCUUGAUGGUGGAGUUUUAAAGCAGAAAGAUCCUUAUGAACAACCUGAAAAACCUAUCCUUCAGAAACCUAAACUUUUAGAUUUUGAAAAGUAUUCUAACAUCUCUGAAGAAGGUGAUGACGAGAUGAGCCCAACUCCUGGCAAAAACGCUGAAAGCCAGAAAAGUUUUGAAAAGUCUUCUUUGAAGGAAGAAACAAAAGAAGAGAACUCUUCAGAGUCUUCAGACCAUGAGUCUGUUCAAAAGCUUUCUUAUAAAGAAAAUCAUACAACUGAAUUUUCAGAAGGCCAGUGCAAUUUUUGUCUGGAUAAGAAAUCUCCUCUUGAGCCUAUAUCUAAUUUGUGUAUACAUAAAUUCUGUCACAGAUGUAUACAACAUAUCAGGCUUACCUCGAAAAACUCAAGAAUGAUGGGAGGCCUGAUAAGAAAUCCUGAAAUUCUCUCAGUGAAGAUAAAGUGACCAUACUGAGGAAUUCUCUCAGAUAGCUUACUCCCAGAGUCAGAAUUCCUCACCAAAGAAGCUGUAGAAAAUCCAGAUGACAUUGAUUUUGAUACUUGGCCCAAAGUCCAAGAUGUCCUAACAAGCUCGAAUCCUUCAGUGAAGUGAGAAUAUUGACCAGAAGUUGGAACAAAUAAUUUUGCACAGUUUAGAUGUCUUACCUGACACAUACUAAUCUGAAGUUCUUGUAGGAAUCACCACCGGGUGAUCACUGAAAAAUAACCUAAAACAUGAUAUGGUGCCAUUCAAUAACCCUAGAAUGAGUGAAGAGAAAUAAAUCAUGAGUAGAGCAUCGGGAGUUGAGAAAACUCUUCUGUAGCAAUUGUCAAGAAGCACUAUGAUUACUAUGUGCCAAAGAUCCAUAUAAACAUUAUCAGCACAAUAUUGUCCCAUUUAAGGAGUUUGUAUCAGAAUCGUCUGAUAAGCAAGGAGAGCUCCGUCUAUGUGCUCUCACUGCUCUAAGUAGUAUCAAGAAUAACCUAAAAGCAUUGCAGGCAAACCAGGAUUACAUCCAAAAGCAAAGAGAAUUCUGGGAGAAAAAGUUAUCAACAAUGUUCGAUAAUAUCUCAAAAAUUAUCAACAAAUAAAUUUGACGAAGUCGAGAAGCAGAUUGAUACUCUAUUUAGCAGAGUCAAGAAGUUCAAUAAUGUAUCAUAUCUCAGCUAUGGGUCUCUGAAAGGCAGGCUAGAAUAUUAUCUUGACCUGACUGAGCGCACUUUUGAGCUAGACAUAGAACGAGCAAAUCGAAUGAUUGUUCCAACUCUUAAUGACUGCAAUGACUUUAUCCAACUAGACCAAGAAAUGUUUAAUUUCUCACAGAGCAAGUUUAUGAAUGAGCCUCUUUUAAAGAUAGAAGAGAUAAUGAAAGAUUUUGAAUUCAUCCCGUCAAAAAAUAAGAAAUUAAAAAACCUCAAAAGAUUCUUGGGAUUGAUAAAGCCUAGGAAACAAGUACGUCUUGGGAGUGAGGAUAAAAAGUCUCAGUAUGCAGCUAAAUAUGCUUAA